UUUGGGGGGGGGGGGUCUCCACGUUUUUUUCUUUUACUUUUGACAUAUUAUCAAUGUCAUUAAACCGGUCAAACGCAGUCUGUAUCAUCCCUGAGUGUUUAUUCGCAGUUCGUUCUCAGGUGAACCUUUCCGACUGAGCUGCUAUUUCCCCGAAGCCGAAUGGAUCUUGUGACCUAAGAGCCGACACUCCGUUCAAGAUGGCCGUCUUGAGUGAAGAAUUUACACCUCUCCUGUGAAACUAAUCCAACAGUUAGCUAUCUUGGCAAGUUUAGUUCCGUGUUUAGAAAAUGGCACAUCGACAGUGUCCUUGCUUGCUCCCGUUUUAAACCGGAACUGCUGAGGUCAUGGAGUAAACCCGUCCAGGAACCAGGAGCGAUCCAGGGCCCUCUGCUGUAGCCCAGGAUGGACAGCUUCUUCAAGGCAGCCGUUUGUGAUCUGGACAAAGUUCUUGAUGACUUCGAGCUCAAUUCAGAGGAACUUGAAUGCAAGCCUGUUUUCCUGAAGCCCCCUGUCUACCCGUUCUCCUCAUUGGGCCCUCAGGGUUCCUCCUCAGAGGUCUCCAGUACCCCAAUAAGCCUCCCAGACCUCAAUUCUCUUCACUAUGGCUCUGCAAGAAGCUGUUCCGACAGCCCCGGUGGCCACCUCCAUGGCGCCGACAGUAGUGAGGUGAGAGGUCAGCCCCUGACCGGCGUCGACCUUCUGUCUUCUGUGGACCGCAGACCUACGAAAAGCUCGGCGCCCCCUUGCCCGGACAGAACUCUGAAGCCAGUUUGUGACCUCGUAAACGACGCGAGCUCGGCCAUCUUGGUACGGACCAACAGCCACGAUGCAUUCAGGGAGCUGGACGCGGCUGAACAGCAGAUGGAGGAGGAGAAGGAGGCGCUGCUUGUGGACUUCGACACCCCUGAGGUCGCAGAGGUGGGGGCAGGGCUCAACUUGAACAGUGUUACGGAGGAGCAAGCUUCUGCAGGGACAGAUGAGUUGCAUCAGCAGAGCGGCGGUUACUCUGCUUCACUCAGUUUGUUGGACAUUAUUUUCCCUGCAGCAGUGGAGAAAAACUCAGAGCUCAUCGAUGAGUCACAGUCGAGAACCGUAGAGUCUGCUGAUGAAGAUAAGAAGGAGAGCGAAGAAGUCUUCUCAUCAGAGCAACCGGUGGAGAAUUCCUUGAGCCUCCAUGAAACCGAGCGUACAGAAUCCACUAAACAAGCGACUUUAUCAAACGAAGAGCCUUCAUUGGAUAAGAUGUUGGAUGAAGGUGUAGCUGAGUCUACUGAAGGGUUGAUGCAUGAAUCAAAUGGCGAACCAGUCAGCUUAUCAUGCCUGCCGAUAGCCGUGUCAAUGUGUGGCGCUCUGGUGAAGUCAAAUACCUCAGAAGACGAUUUAGAGGCAGCGGCAGAGCGUCGUGACGGGGCAGCAGCGUCUGAGGACGCAGAGACGGAGUCGCCGUUGGCUCUGGAACCAAAGGAUGACGCCAGAGACUCCACUAGGGAUGACGACCCCUAUGAUUCAGAGCAGAUUCCAGAGCGCAGGCCAUCUCCAGAGGGCCAACAUGGCUCCCUAGAAUCUACCAUUCCCGCAGAACUCCCCACCUCUGACCAUUUGGAGUCCAGUCCGGUCGAUCCCCCUGAGUUCGGUUUUGAGUAUCUACCUGAGAGCGACCAGGCUGAACUGCUGGUCACGGAUGAAGAGUUGGACGCUUUCCUUCAGGCGCAUGCCGAAGCGGAGCAGGGUGCAGGGGUUUCUUUCUGCAGCAGCUCCGGAGAUUACACCGAACCAAAGUGUCUCUCAGAGUCGGGCCAAGAUCUAGAAGAAGAGCAGAUUGAGAAAGGACAACAAAGCUGCAGUCAGGAUGGACAGGAAGACCUGGAGGAACUGGCCUCUCCAGAAAGUUGCAGAACAACUGCUGCUACAUCAGUAUUACAAGACUCUUAUAGACCUUGCCAGGAAGACUCCUCUGGAGUCAGCUAUUCUUUAACCAGCAACACUUCCCUGUCCCAGCACAGAAGUAGCUCCGAUCAGCAACACUCCUAUGGAGGUGCGAGACCAAAACAGCCACACAGCCAAACUACUAGACCUCCACCUGCCGGAGAAGAAGGGGUGGAGCUUGAUGCCUCUCCAACACCAGAAGACGAGGAGAGCCCAAGUCCUAUAGAGGAGCACUCCAGAUUCAGGGAUUCCAACUCCAGCAUCGCCUCUCAGAACCAUCAGGAUUUCUCCAUGGGGUUUGAUGAACUCUCAGAGCCGCCUCCUUACCCCGGGGAGGAACCAGCAGCUGUUGCUAGAUCAACAAGCUGGAAGAGGGACGGCAUUGAGGAGCUGGGGAGCAGACAGCCGGAGUGGGUGCCAGACGCUGAAGCUCCCAACUGUAUGAAGUGCAAGCAGAGGUUCACUUUCACCAAGAGGCGGCAUCACUGUCGAGCCUGUGGGAAGGUGUACUGCGCUGGGUGCUGCAACAGAAAGUGUAAGCUGAAGUACCUCGAUAAGGAGGCUCGAGUGUGCGUCCUCUGCUUUGAUACCAUACACAAAGCCCAGGCCCUGGAGCGGAUGAUGAGUCCCACGGGCCCGAGCCCAAACCCCAACGUCCCGUCUGAGUACUGCAGCACCAUUCCCCCUCUGCAGCAGGCUCGCGCGGCCGGAACGCUGAACUCUCCUCCGCCCACUGUCAUGGUCCCCGUCUCUGUUCUCAAACACCCCAACAAUGACGCUUGUCCACGUGAGCAAAAGCGCGUUUGGUUUGCUGAUGGUAUCUUACCCAACGGGGAGGUGGCCGACACGGCCAGGCUGUCGGUGACGAGCCGCAGGAGCUCACAGGAGUUCAGUCCAGACCCGGAAACCUCUGGCUCAGCUGGGUUGGACCCUGGAGAUGGGGCCCCAUCCGUCCCUGAAGCCCCUGUAGUCGUGCCGGUGGAGCGAGCUCCGGUGUCUGGACCCUGGGAUUACGGGUUGCUUUCUGGAAUUGGUUCUUCAGUGACGAGGGUUCCCAGUCUGCUACCAGACAGUCAGGAUGAGCUGCCUCCUCUGCUCAUCACCACCGGAGAAGAUGACGGAGAAGAUGUUUUGGUAGAGGAGAGUCCAGCUCCCUGUCAGAUCCGACACCUGUUGGAGGAAGGAGGUCCGCGUCCGCUGACCUUCGUUCUGAAUGCCAACCUCCUUGUAAACGUCAAACUGGUUACCUACGGCGGCAGGCAGUGCUGGUGCGUCGGCUCUAAUGGACUGCAGGCUCUGGGACAGAAAGAGUUGGUGUUUCUGUUGGAGUGUUUGUCAGGAGAAAAAGCGCUUCCAAGAGACCUCUUCUCACUUUAUCUCAGCGUUUACCAGGAUGCCCAGAAAGGGAAGUUUGUGGAGGAGCUGGAUAACAUUACUUUCACAAGCAGCUUCCUGGACAGCAAAGAUCAUGCAGGAAUGCUGUUCUUCUCCCCCAGCUGUCAGUCUCUGGACGGCCUCACGCUUCCUCCACAGCCGUUCCUGUUUGGCCUGCUCGUCCAGAAACUGGAGGUUCCCUGGGCCAAAGUCUUCCCACUCAGGCUGCUGCUACGGCUCGGAGCCGAAUACGACAUGUAUCCAACGAUGCUCGUAAGUGUUCGUUUUCGGGACUCUGUGUAUCGAGAGACGGGACACACCAUUAUGAAUUUACUGGCUGACCUGAGGAACUACCAGUACAGCCUGCCAGUGGUGGAAGGCCUGAGGAUCCACAUGGAGAUGGGACACAGCUACAUUGAGAUCCCCAAGGCUAGCUUUAGCGAGAUGCAGAAGGUGGUGAAUUCCUCCAAUGAGCAUGUCAUCAGCAUCGGAGCGAGCUUCAGCCAGGAGGCCGACUCACACCUGGUGUGUUUCCAGAACGAAGAGGGAAACUAUCAGACUCAAGCCAACAGCAAGCCAGGGAAGACUCGCACAGUGACUGGAGCCAGCUUUGUGGUGUUUAAUGGAGCGCUGAAAGCCUCGUCAGGUUUUAUCGCCAAGUCCAGCAUCGUCGAAGAUGGGUUGAUGGUUCAGAUCCCACCGGAGACCAUGGAGUCUUUGCGCUCCGCCCUGAGGGAACAGACAGACUUCCACAUCCCCUGUGGGAAGAACGACGGCGGAGAGGUCCGAGAGAACGUCACGGUCCGCUGGGUCGACUGGACCUCUCCCGUCAACUCUGGUAAAACCAGUGGGGUUGAUGGGAGGCCUCUGGAUGGUGUCCCCAGCGUCAGAAUGCAGCAGGAUGCCGAGUUUGAGUCUGACAGCUGCUCCAUUAGAUGCACUGAGGUCUUCUACCAGCCGAAGGCUCCAGACUGCAGCCUGGCGUCCGUGCUGUYGUCCUGCAGCAUGUUUCAGAAGGAGAUCGCCAUGGCGACCUGCAGCGCUCUGGCUCCUCACCUUUCAGUUCUGACCGCAGGCGGCAUCAACUCCCUCUGGCUUCGCAUCUCCACUCAGACUGACAUGGUGGAGUACCAGGCGGGGUCCGGAGGCCGGCUCCUCCCCCAGCGCUACAUGAACGAGAUGGACAGCGCUCUGAUUCCCGUCAUUCACGGAGGGAGUGCCAGCGUACCGCAGACGGCCAUGGACAUGGAGUUGGUCUUCUACAUCACACACACUUUCCAGUGAACAAAAACRAAACACCACCCACUCAAAGUAUUAAAAACAGAAAAUAAACAWACAAAAAAAURUAGACCCCUAAAGAGGAUGGAUGUAUUUCUAGUGGGAUGCAAACUUUAUAAAAAAAUGGAUUUCUGUCAUCACCAAAGCUGCUACGCCAAACACUAAACACAAGAAAACAAGAAACAUGGCAGCAAACCGCUCUGAUCAUCUCUGCCUUCCUGGCUCUCUGGGAGCUCCUCUGUGAAUGUCACUACUUCUCAAAAAAAAAAAAAAAUCAUCUGGAUGUAUUCAUCGUUUAAAACUGGCUAACUGAAUGAACUGACGGCAAAGAAGCCACCAGGUGCUGAUGUUCUUSUGAAGGCAUUCURGAAGGAUGAAGAAUCUGCUAAAACACAGAAACACAACUUCUUUCUGUCCACAUCGGGACUUUUUUGUCUUGUAUUUCGUUUUUCUCAUUUAAAGUAUUUAUUUUUCAGAUUUUCCGUUAACACACUUGCUUAUGGUCACUGUUUAUUCCCCUCAGCGCAMCAGAGAAUAAUACAUUAACAUAGUUUGAAUUAAAAUCUCACCAAAAUCAAGGCAAAAAAAAAAAGAAGCAUGUGUUUCACAGCAGCAUAUUCAGAGAAACAAAACCAGGAAGAAAUGCUACCAUUUAACACAAGUCGCAUUCUACCAGCUCAGGUUCAGUUCUACUUAUGGAGACUUUUUCCUUUUAGUCUAUGGAGUUUAUUCAUUUGUUUGGAAACACAAACAAAGUAUUUUUUUUUAUUAAAAACAUGGAAUGUUGGGUUGGAAAAWUACWGCGCCACCUGGGAAACAUGA